AAAAAAAAUCCAAACUCGACGAGAGCUCUAAACUGUAUGGUAAUGUAGAGCUUUUAUUCCUUCUUCCUCAAAACCUUUUCGAAUUACAACGUUUUGGUUUUCCAAUGGCUACUCUUCAGAGUUCUCUGCAUCUUCCUUCUACCCCUCCAUUCACCGACCACUCUUCAUUUCGCCACCCCAAUUCCAAUGGUUUUCGCAUUCGCAAACUCAAUAUUCUUUCUUCCAAUAUCACAACCGGAGGUUUCACUAUCAACUCGGACUCAAACCAGAAGAACCCACGAGCCCAAGUUUCUCUCAGCCCCGAAAAGACUAGAAAUUUUAGCUUUUAUACAAGUACUCAAAGCAUUUUCGAGGUUGGUCACUGCCUUUCUCUGUUAAACAGUGAUUACGUUUGUGAUUGUAGGCAAAUACAUGCUUUUGCUGUGAAGUUGAAUGCUUUUGAAGUGGAUAGUUUGAUUGGAAACAAGUUAGCCGUUUUGUAUUUGAAGAAAAUGGAGUCUUUGGAAAGUGCACGUAAGAUGUUUGAUGAAAUUCCGAAGAGAACUAGACCCGGUUAUGCUGCAUUGAUAAGCGCAUAUUGUCGGUUGGAGCGAUGGGAAGACAUGUUUUUGUUACUGGGGUUGAUGGUUGAUGAAGGGGUUUUGCCUGAUAAAUAUAUAGUACCUACUGUUCUUAAAGCCUGUUCAGCAUUGAAGAUGACAAAGGAUGGUAAAAUGCUUCAUGGGUAUGUUGUGAGGAAGGGUUUGGAUUUGGAUAUUUUUGUUGGGAAUUCGCUUAUCAAUUUGUAUGCAAAUUGUGAGGAUUUGAGAUAUUCGAGAAGUGUUUUUGAUGGAAUGAGAGAAAAAGAUGUGGUAUCAUGGACUAGCCUCGUUUCGGGUUACAUGGAAGCAGGGCUCUUAGAUGAGGCAGAUGAAGUUUUUCGUUCUAUGCAGUUGAAUGGGAUCAAGCCUGACUUGAUCUCUUGGAAUGCACUUGUAUCUGGGUUCGCACGGAAUAGAGAGAUUGAUUUGGCUCUCAAAUCUUUGGAAGCAAUGCAAGAGAAAGGGGUGAAACCGAGGGUUAACUCAUGGAACGGAAUUAUCUCAGGUUGUGUCCAAAACAAGUAUUUUGAAGAUGCUUUGGAUGCAUUCAGAAACAUGUUGCAGUUUCCUGAAUAUCCAAAUUCCGUUACUAUUGCAAGCAUUUUACCGGCUUGUGCAGGGUUAAAAAGUCUGAACUUGGGAAGGGCAAUUCAUGGAUUUUCGGUUAGACAUGAGCUUUGUGGAAAUGUUCAUGUGGAGGGUUCACUAAUUGAUAUGUACUCAAAAUGUGGGAGGAACAACUAUGCAGAGAAAGUUUUUGUUAAGGCAGCAAACAAAAACACUGCCAUGUGGAAUGAGAUGAUCGCAGCAUUUGUAAACAAGGGGGAAAUGACAAAGGCGUUGGAGCUUCUCAGAUUGAUGCAAAAUGACGGGCCAAAACCCGAUAUCAUAUCGUUUAAUACAAUGUUUGCUGGUCAUGCAAGAAAUGGGCAAAAAGACGAGGCAUAUGAAUUGUUCUUUGAGAUGGUCCAGAUGGAUAUAAAGCCAAAUACUGUUACCUUUAAUACUUUGAUUUCUGGAUUUCAACAAUCUGGGCUUAGUUAUGAAGCUCUGAAGUUAUUCCAGACUAUGCAGUCUCCUUCCAGUGUUAGCUUCCUCAACAACGUACUAACUGAGUCUACUCGACCAAACUCUACUACAACCACCAGUGCUCUUGCAGCUUGUGCUGACCUAAAUUUAAAACGUCAAGGAAAAGAAAUCCAUGGAUUCACAUUGAGGAUUGGGUUUGAGCGCAACAUCUAUGUCUCGAGUGCAUUGGUUCACAUGUAUUCAAAGUGUCAUGAUACUCUUUCAGCUACUAAAGUUUUCAGGAGAAUAGAGGAUAGAAACACAAUUUGUUGGAACGCUUUGAUUGCCGGGCACAUCAACAACAUGCAGCCCGAGUUUGCUCUCAAGCUUUUUCGUGAAAUGCUGAGUGAUGUUGAACCAAGCUCGAUUACACUUAGGAUAGUUCUCCUUGCUUGUGGUGAUAUGGCAGCUUUGAGAAGUGGAAGAGAACUACAUGGCUAUGUCUUAAAGAGUCAAGUUGAAAAAACUGACAAUAAUCUUGCCACUGCCCUGCUUGGCAUGUAUGCAAAGUGUGGUAGUAUCAUUGAGGCCAAAUCAGUUUUUAACUCUGAAACUGAAGAAGAUGUUGCUCUCUGGAAUUCCACGAUUUCUGCUCCUUCGGUUUAUGGAAUUAUCAAGAAUGAAGUUUCUUUGUUUGAACAACUUUGAGUUCGCAGGAAUUCUACCUCACCAUUAACCUUGGUUGACCUUUUAUUUUUUCACUUGUGAUGGUCUAAUGGAAGAGUGGAUAUACAAUCAUGGAGGACAAGUUUUUGGGAUUCUCUGAUGAUUUGAACAUUAAAACGAGCUGGUUUACGAAAAGUGUAAACUCCAUUAGAUGAAAUGCGCUACAUACGUCAUGCUUUUGUUUGUUCUACUUUCUACAACCAUGCAUCGUUCACUGGAGUCCAGACCUGAAAGAAACUGAUGCAGAAGCUCUUACUUGACUCGAAAGAAAUCUUGUAUUGACUAAAGAACAGCAUACUGAUCACAAUAGAGAAGCGUAAUGAUUUGUAUUCUACUUUUCUUUAACAUUAGAACAGUAGUAC